ACUCAUGGGAAAAUCGAAUGGUGUAGAUGGCAAAAUCGAGGCGCUCUUUGCGGGAAGAAAGCCAUCAAGUUCUUAUCGUUUUUACAAAACAACCUUGUUGGCCACCCACAAUUCUGGUCUGUUUCUGAGACCAAACAAAUUAAUGUUUAGCCUUUAAGAUUCUGUAAGGAGAAAAUUGUACAUCCGAAUUGCUUGGGUCAGUGUUCUGGUCUUUUUAAUAUGAAGCCAUAUUGUCAAAAGCCUGAAUGUGCGCGUUUUAUUGCAAACAUGGUACACCAGGGGUUGGGAAAACCACACUAGGCAAAGAACUUGCCGCAAGAUCGGGACUGAAAUACGUUAAUGUGGGUGAUUUAGCUCGAGAAGGACAGUUAUAUGAUGGCUAUGAUGAAGAGUAUGACUGUCCUAUUUUAGAUGAAGAUAGAGUAGUUGAUGAGUUAGAAAACCAAAUGAGUGAAGGUGGAGUUAUUAUUGAUUACCAUGGUUGUGAUUUCUUCCCUGAACGCUGGUUUCAUAUAGUUUUUGUGCUGAAAACAGAUAACAGCAUAUUGUACAAAAGACUUGAAACAAGGGGUUAUAAUGAGAAGAAAUUAAAAGAUAAUGUUCAGUGUGAAAUUUUUCAAAUUCUUUAUGAAGAAGCAUUGGCAUCCUACCGCGAAGAAAUAGUACAUCAGCUGCCCAGUAAUAAACCAGAAGAUCUAGAGAAUAAUAUCAAUCAGAUAUUGGAGUGGAUUGAGCAAUGGGUCAAAGAUCAUAGCUCUUGACUUAAAAGACUGGCCACUUUAUAAUCACUCUUAAAUAUUUCUCUGCCCACAUCAAAUAAAGUAUGCAUUUAUUAGUAAACCUUUUUUAUUAAAAUUGUGCUGCAGGACUAGUAGGUGGAUAGUAUAAAGGUUUAUAUUUGGGUGUGUGUUUUUCCAUAAGAAAGUAUAAUGAAUAUAACUUUAUUAACAUGUUAAGUGCCCAGCCUGUUUUGUCUUCCACACGGAAAGUAUAGUGUCAGUCACUGGUGACUGACUGGGCGCUUAACGUGUUAAAGAUUGAGAAUAAAAACUGUCAUUGUUUAAUGCUUCAAUUGCUAAAGUAUAAAUAAACCUGACCAAAUGUGUGGGAGGAUAUCGUUUAAGUUUAUUAAAGAAGAAAAUGAACAUGAUCUCGUAAAAUAAAAUUAAAAUCUAAAUAUAAAGCA